UUUUGGUCUGACCGAAGCUUUUGAGGUGAUGGCUUUGUGAUGGGAUGAUUGUUUGGCCAGGCUUUGACAUGGGAUGACCGUUAUAUUUUUUUUUUCACUUUCUAUAUAUUUACACAUAUUCAGUGAUCAUCUAACACAAAACACCUUGGAUUUUUACUCCCUGAUUGUAGCGUCAAACACGCUCUCCUUUUUUAGCUCCCGGAGGCUGAUUGAUGGAAAGCCGCGAGCCAGCCAAUGUCAAAUUUUUGAUCCUACCUUUCACUCUUGGCCCUCGACGGCGGUCAGGCCCCAAACAAAAACCCACGAAAAAUAAACGUCAUUCAAAGUCAAGUUUGAAGCAAAAAUGGAGAUUUCUUUCAUCACGCAAAACGAUUGAUCCCUGAGAUCUUCAAGUUUUCUCUUUUUUUCUCUCAAUCUUUCCACAUUUCAUCAAGCAGCCGCUCUUUUGUUCUUUGUCAAAAACAAGAUGGAGCUCGUUGAAAGAUCCCAAACAGAAACGGCCGAGACCUUGGCAUUCUGGAUCCUCAUCUCGCUGCCAUCCCAAGCCAAGAAAUUCCCGACCCCGCAAAUCAAGGACGACGAGAAAUCCCAUUGGCCGGAGCAGCUGUGACCCGUACCGCUAUCCCUUCCACCACGGAGGUUCCUGAUCGUCGAGCCUGGAGCACCUUGGCUUGCUUGGCCCAAUACAUCCGUGCCCACAACCACAAUGCCCGCCCCUGACCUUUGUUCGUGCUGUACGAUUUCUUAGGGGGGGCUUGGGGGGGACAGUCGGGCUUGUCGGGGCAGGAAUAUUGGCAACAACCUCAAGAGCUGGUUCUGGCUGCACGUGCGAGGGUGCUGCUGUUUCGCCCAGUCGGCAGCCGUGCAGCUGAAGACUUCCCGUGCAGGGUUGCGUGUGAGGAUGUGGAUCAAAUCUCACCUGGGCACGCCUUAACUGGGUGCCACUAUUGAGAGGCCUGAUCGCAGAAUGUCUAGAUGUAAAGGUCUUCAUCGUCCUUUCGUCGCACUGCUUCCAGUUUGUUGUUUUCUCCUUCCUCUUCUCCCCCAUCCUCUUCUCCAUACCUGUUUGUUUUUGGUUACUAUCCACGUUGACGUGGCACAUUCGUUUUAUCUUACCUUUCUUAUUACAAUCUCAGCAGUGCUGAUCUAAUAUCGUUCAUUUUCAAGAAAACAGUCGACUUUGAGUACGUUUUGUGCAGGGCACUUGGCAGAAAUAAGCAGUAAUUGCAGGAGAAAGGAACAUCAGGUCAAGGACCAGAUACAACACAUAUACAAACAGACAACAUGCAGUCUAUCUCGAUAAUCAUGGCCCUGAGCAGCCUCGCCGCUGCGGGUCCCGUUCUUAGGCGCCAGGAGCAGGUUGGCCAGCCGCUUCCCAACGGCCCCUUUGCUUUCACGUCGACAUACAACCUGGUUGCCACGCCCGACAAGGUCAUCAACAACGACGGGCAGGUUGCUCCUGGCGAGGCUGGUGCUAUUGGGUUUUACAACUACGGAAUCAACGUCGACCUUGACAUCAUCUGCUACAACAUCACCUUGAUGGGCGUCACAGGUCCUUACCAGUCCCCAGCCACGACGGCAACCCACAUCCACGAGGCAGCUGAGGGUGCCGCCGGCCCACCCCGCAUCUCCUUCCCCAACCCGGAGCCUGCCGACUCUGGCCCCGAGGUCGUCAAGCGCUCGUCCGGCUGUCUGACCGGCCCCUUCACCACCGGCAUCCAAGCCAACGGCCAGGACACCGGCACGGGUUUCACCCUCCGUCAGAUCGAGGCCAACCCUGCCGGCUUCUUCACCGACUCCCACACAGCCGUGUCGGUUCCCGGUGUGGUGCGCGCCCAGAUGGUCGCCACCGCAGCCGGCGCCGUCGCUGCUCCCCCGGCUCCCGUCGCAGGUGCCAUCGACGCCGCUCCCGCCGUCAACCAGCCCAGCCAGGCCCCUGCCGAUCUCGGCGGCUGCAGCAUCCUCGGCUUCCAGGUCGCCAGCUCCCCGCUCAAGUACCUGUGCUUCCAGCCCGGUUUCGGCGGCGAUGCGGCCCCGCCUGCUGCGCCAGUGGCUGCCCCUGUUGCGUCGGCCAGCCCCGUUGCUUCCCCCGCACCUGUCGCCUCGGCCGACCCCGUCUCUUCGGCUAGCCCUGUUGCGUCGGCCGACCCCGCUGCUGGCACGCCCGCGCCGGUUGAGAGCGCCUUGCCCACUGCCACCCCGGCACCCGUCGAGGCUGCGGAUCCCGCCGCUGACCCGGCUGCUGACCCUGCUGCAGACCCCGCUGCCGCGCCUGCUCCGGACGCAGCUGCACCUGCUGGUGAUGCCGUCCCCGGCCUGGCACCGCUGCCUGGAACCGAGGAUGCUGGCGCCGCGGCUGGUGAGCUGCAGCCUCUCCCCGGAACCAAGAAGAUUUAAAUCUCCGGGCCAUAAUGUUUUUGUCGAUAGAAAUCUCAAUACAAUCUCGUUCAAAGUCAA